GUUGAAGUGUCAAAACUGUCUGUUUUGUUAUUGUUCAAUAAGAACGAACAAAGAGAGAGAAAAAAAUUCAAGAGAAUACCAUGCAAUCGUUUUUAAAAUCGAAACAUUGCCAUCGGCGAGAUUUCAUAGCCCGUGUUGUUUACUUAUUCGAAAGGCAAAAUCACCAUUCGACCAUUGAUACCAAUGAUGUAGAACAUCACUCGAAAUUAGCAGACGGAUGGUGGGAUCCCCAAGGCCCGGUUGCACCACUUCAUUCGCUAAAUAGAAUUCGGGUACCUUUUAUUCGUGAUGGAUUAAUUGCAACCAGUCGAAACACCAAAGAUGAAAUAAAUUCAGCAAAACCAUUGGAAAAUAUCAAGAUCCUUGAAAUUGGUUGUGGUGCUGGAAUUUUGACUGAGCAAUUGGCGCGUAUUCAUGCAAAUGUUGUUGCAAUUGAUCCCAGCAAUGUAUUAAUCCAAACAGCACAAAAUCAUUUACUCAAAUAUCCGACAAAUAAUGAAUUAACUUCACGAAUUGAAUACCGCACAGAAACGAUUGAAGAGCACAAUUCUAAAACGGAAACAAAAUAUGAUGCGGUUGUUGUAUCCGAAGUGCUGGAGCAUGUUGAUGAUAAGGAAUCAUUCCUUAAGUCAUGUACAGCUCCACUUCUUCCAGGCGGCUCAAUAUUUAUUACGACUUUCAACAAAACUACAUUGGCAUGGCUUGGUGGCAUUAUCUGCGCCGAAUAUAUACUCAAUAUGAUUCCACGAGGUACACACGAUUGGAAUAAAUUUAUUCCACCCGCAGAAACGCAACGGUUAUUAGAACAAUGUGGUUGUUCAACGGUCCUUUGCAAUGGAUUUUUGUUUGAAUUCUGGAGAAAACAAUGGGUCUGGACAAAACACAAUCAAUUUUCAUAUGCAUUGCAUGCGGUGAAAUCAUAAAUUGAUAUUUAUCCGAUAAAUAAUAGCCAAUGUCUUACUAUCCACUUUUUGUCACCAAAUAAAAGAUUUUUUUAGAUACUCGUGUACAUUCAGUGGGGGAGAUUUGAAUAGGCUUCCUAUCGAAUUCAACGUAUUGAUUCAAUCCAGUCAAGAAAAAUUAUUGAGAAUAAUCGUUAUUACAUAUAAUGUGCGCCACGACAUCAAGCCAGAAAUGUCCAUAUUUGAGGGACUUAUUGACCAAAAGUCGAUUGUUCGAGAGUUGAAAUCGAACCAAUCGAAUAUGAGGCUAGUACUAUGUGAAAACAUCACUUGACUUGGUCACAUUAUUUUGAAUCGAAUGUGAUCAUAAAUCGAUUCUUCGUUAAAAAUGAAGUAGAAACAGCGCAUUACACGUUUCAAAAAUUGAACUUUAAAAGUACGUUUGCCGAAUAUAUCCAGAAAAAAUUGAAAAAAUGUCGAUUUUUUGGUAUUUUUCCCAUUAUCUAUACUGGUAUGCACUUUAUGUACUAGAUGUCUUGACAAAUAUUAUGAAUUUUGGUGCUAGAAAUAAAACCCAACUUGCCGUUUUCCGUUCAAAAGUCUUAUUUCAUCGAAUUUUUUAUGUUUGAAACAUUCGUUUUUUAUUCGGGCCGAGGGUGCCGGAACCAUCCCAUUCUUAUUUUUUCUCGAUGAAUUUUUAGAAUCGCGACGGGAAUGGUGGAAAAUUGAAUCUUUUGCAAUUUGAACCGCCCUAGUAAUCAUUGAUCGAUGUUGGAGUAUUUGUACCGUUUGAACGAAUCAAAUGUGGUCAUUAGUUUGACAAAACAUUUCUCUAUAUUCGUAGACAUUCCUAUAUAAAAUGUGAUUCUAAUUUAUGGCAAGUACGAAGAAAAAUGAAUUCUUAUGAAUAAAUAAAAAGAAUUACAUUGGUAAUCCCAAACUUUUCCGUACCGUUGGCCUGCGUUGUCCGUAGGUACUUUUGGUUAUUUUUUGUGAAUUUUCUUGAAAUAAAGGCAGUGAAAAUAUAAUAAUGAAAAUAAAGUGAAAAAUCGGUCACUUUAACUAAAACUUCGACAAUUCUGUGUGAGAGGUACCCGAAAACCGAUCCUCAUUGGCUUUAAACUUUCUGAGGUUUAAUUUUUUGGAGAAAAAAAUAAGAUUCUGAAAGUUUCAUCUUGAUGGCAUUUGCAGAAGUUUGGUUUUGGCCCUCAAAAUUUUCCAAGAAAAUUUCGACAAAAAUUGAGGACAAAAAAUCAAACUUCUGCAAAUGCGAUCAACAUGAAACUUUCAGAAUCUUAUUUUUUCUCCAAAAAAAGAAAAUCCCAGAAAGUUUGAAGCCAAUCGGAGUCGAUUUACAGGUACCUCCCAUACAAAAGUGUCAAUUUUUUGAGGUUUUUCUUAGGGCAAGUACCCCAGGGUCAAAUCGAAAAUGGCUCAUCUUCGAACUUAAACUAAGUUUUUUGGAUACAAAACUUUUGGCAUUUCCAGAUUUUGAUUAUCUCAAUUAUUUUUUGAGUUAUCGUGUUAACAAACACCAACGACAACGACGACAACGACGACGGCACACGAACGGAAAAGUGUCUCAAAAAGUGAUUUUAUACACGUUUCAUGAGUUUUUAUGAUGAUCUAAGCUAAUUUUGCGAAAAAAAAAUUCGGGACCAAUUCCUAUACUUUCCCUUGACACGUUGUGUACGGAAAAGUAAAACACUAGUGAUUGAGUUGAUGAUUUAAUUGUUGUAUUUAUUGAAAUUUAAUAUUAUUGAGUUAUUUUCUUUAAGCGUCUGGAAAUGGUUGCUUGUGUAACUCCCAAUGAUUCUGCAAGCUCUUCUUGCGUUUGGCACGAGUCUCCUUCGAUCAGUAACUCCAAUUCGGGAUCCUCGAACUUUUUGGGCUGGCCGGUCCGCUCUUUGUCUUUGACAUCAAAAUCGCCCUUUUUAAAACGCGCAAACCAAUAUUGGCACACUCUAACCUCUGGAGCAUAUGCAGGGUAUGCUUCCGAUAACAAUUGAUGGGCUUCGGUGGCCUUUUUCUUUAAAUGAAACAGGAAAAGCAACGCUUCCCGCAAAUGGUCUUUCGUCGGCUCGAAACUCGACAUUUUCAACGCAGUAAACAACUUGUGUACGAUAACUUUUUUUCACUUUGACAGAUGGAAUUUUAUAGUUUUUUUGACGCUCUUUAACGUGGUUAUACUGUCAAUGUCAAAAAAAUAGCGCGUAUAUCAGUUACGCCAUUUUUUAUCAAAACGAAAAAACUAAUGUAUAGACCCAAUACUAUCAAAAUCAAAAUUCAAUUUAUCAAAUAAGGAAUUGAAAAAAAGAAAGAUUUCAAAAAAAUCCUUUUAUCGUUUAACAUUUAUUGUAUGGGAAUACAGAGAAUCUGCUGAAAUGACCACGAUUUUGUUUAUUACUAGCUUUGUGAAUACAUUUUCAUUUUGACAAGGUUUUUUCACAUUUAUUUUAGAAUAUAUUUUUUUGUAUUGUAUUUCACUUCAUUGUCACAAAGAUAAACAAAACUUAUCCUAUGACAUCUUUCACCCCUUUAUGAGAACAUGCGGCAACUGAAUGCGAUUUAAAUAAGUGUAUUUAGCAAUUAUAUUUCAUGUACAGACUUUCAGUUUGCACAAAAUAAUACAUUUGAAUUCACACACGGUUUUUUUUCCAUAUUCUUAAAUAUUGCAUUUACUAUGGAGGUUGUUUUGUUUUCUUUUAAUUUGAUGUUAACAACAAGAAUUUUGAGAUGACACAUAAUGUGAUAAAAUAAAUUCGUUUACAUUUUCAGGAGACUGUUCAACGCUGUAUAAAUCACGCAAUAUAAAAAAGUUGGAUAUAACGAGAGUUUGACAUAGUUUGCAUUAGAAUUCAUUUAUAUUUUAAUAAAAUAUAGUGACAUUUUGCAGAUGUUCAACUUUUCAUUGCUUAUAUAAAUGGCUUUGGCGAUAUAACAAUAAUUAUUAAAAUUUUGAGAGGGAAAAAAACGUUUUUCUCUACAGUUUUUAGUUGGAAUUUCCCGCCCCUUGUUCGAAAUUUCUUUGGAUUUUCCCGAGAUUUGGGAAAAAUUGUGGAAAUUCCAAAAGAAAAAUCUGUGAAAAUAAAGCAUUUUAAUCAUCAAAAUUUUGCCCUGCUAUGUAGCAUCGUGGCAUUGAUUUCAUUAUAACAAGUGGAGACACAAGACACAAGCAACAUGUGGUUCAAUUAAAUACACAUGAAAUUGUUCAAUGCCUCUCUACAAGGAUCACUUGUUGCGCAAUCCAUUUGAUAUUGAUUUUGCUCUGCCAAAAAUGAUCGUCCUAUUAUUUUUCAUUUCGAAACAUUGUGCCAUUCGAACUGUUUUCUUUUUCAUUGGAUUUGGAAAAUGAAAAAAUCUUUAAUAUAUAUUCGAGAUUCACUUAAGCUUAAUUUGACAUUGCUUCAUGUGUGGAUUGCAUACGAAUUUUAUUUAUUUUGCAGUACUUAGCUCCCUUUGAAAAGAAUUAAUUAUGGGGAGGGGGUGUUUUUUGUGGGGGAAGAACAAGAUGAUUUUUUAAGGAGAACACGAAGACACACUUUUUUUUGUUUAUUUUGUUAUUUGUAUUGUGAAAUAGAAAUUAAUACAAAUUCAUUUUCCCACAUCUUAUAUUUCCAUCCGAAUUGCUUCCUGAUUUGGUCCAGAAUCUGGACUCGAAUCAGAAUUGAUGUCAUUGUUUGUAAAAAGAAUCGAUAGUUAACAAAGUUAUGUUACGUGGCGAGAAAUUUUUACAAUUUGUCUACACACUGAUUGAUUUGCUGAAUCAAAUUUUAAAACACGUAUUUCUGUGUUAUUUUAAUGAAAUUAUCACAACGAACAAGUGAGGUAAUAAUAACAGAAAUGAUAAAACUUUCAUUUAUCACGAUUAUGAAAGCAUCUUAACACCAGUUAAUGUCAGUUAAUGUUUGGUUUAUACAUAUUUGGAAUUCAAUCAAUUUAAUUGUAACAAAGUUCACAUGUACAGAAAAUAUGAUACGGUAAACUACAGUAUUUAUAGAUCUUUCCAAGGUAAAACUUCAAAGCAUUUGGCAAACAAGAGCCACUUACGAUUCGACUUGAAGAACGUAACAUUGAAUAAAUAAUUGUUUCAUUAUUUUUUACCAUAAAAAAACUAUGCAUAUUGCAUACACAUAAUUAGCCUAAAAUCUUUGUUCCAUUUGACAUCAUUUUAAUAUAUUUCUUAUUGAGGUUGUAUCUUCCUAUCUACUUUGUAACAAUAAAACAUAUUGCCUUUUUGCCACCACAUCA